GGGAGUCAACAUUCCACCUCUCCCCUGCCCCCCGACGAGUUACUACAACAAUCGCUGGACGAUCACGACUUUCUCCUCGACAUAGCUCUUGCUCUCGAACUAACAAGCUCCUGUUGGACUCAAAUCAGAACCACACUAUGAAUAACUCCCAAGCUCGUCGCGACUUCGAACGCAGUCGCGAGUUCUACGCGGGACUCACACGCCUUAUGCGCAACAUUCUGGACGCGCACGAGGCGAACACGCAGCGCUUCCUGGCGUCGCAGGCCAAUGAAGGCUUUGGGCAACCCGAUUCACAGAAUGCAUCGUCUGCGACGCAGCAGAGUCCUCAUCCGGAGCCUCCGAUUGUGGCGCCUAACGCUGAAGGGCGUGCGCACAGUCCGGCUCAGGAUCCUCCACUUCCGGUGCCGGCGCCUGAUGAGGGCGAUGCUACUCGUACCUCGGAGACCCAGCCGCCCCCCGAGGGCGCAGAAGCGAACAUGCUCGACUCGAAGAACGAUCCCUGUCCCAUCUCGCCGAUGCGUCCCACGAGUGCUGCUGGCGGUCUCGACGUGACUGUCCCAACUUCGCAGAAUCCGGCGUCGGAAGGUAACAAUCAAAGCGCGCCUCUAACAUUUUCCGACGGGACCCCGCAACAACCUUUAUUAUCACCUCUUCCCUACUCCGAGCGACCUCAGCCAGAGUUAGCGCUGAACGAGGAUGCGCCAUCACGGAUGAACACCGAGAAUCCACCCCUAGCUGGCAAUGGAGACCCGGCUUGUGGGAGCGACGAGAAUCAGGAGGACGCCUGCAUGGACACGAACAGUGCUGGAAAUUCCGGUUCCCAAAUUACCGACCUCGAAUAUGCCGAGUCGGGGGGCGCGCCUGUCGAAGGUUUGCUUCCAUUCAUACAAGUGCGGGCCGGCGAUGCGCCAGACAUCGCUGGCGCAGAUGUGCAGGAUGUUACGAUCGAAGCGAAUGGGACUGACGUUCAGGCUCAUGUUCCAUUCAGUCAGGGUUUCGACAAUGGAGUUCACUCGCUGCCACCUUCGUCGUCCGGAGCAUUGACCCCUCCUCGCGACAACGCCCACACUCCUGCCAUUGCAGCGGUCGAGAGCGAGUUUGCUCCCAGACUUCGGCUGCUCUUUUGGGAAUCUGGUAUCUGCCUGAACGUCCUGAUUGACGACCUUGGUGACCUAAACACUUUCGAUACCAAUCUCGAUCUCCUUCGCCACCACGUCAAUGCGACAAAAUCUGCCGCCAGCGCGCCUGGGAUGAUUCUCAGUGUUCGUCUUGAGCCUACGACUUGGAACAAGCGCGCACCGGUCGACCAGUUGUUCUCGGCUCUGUACCACGAUGACUCCCUCGCUUUUUGGCAGGCAAUUCAUGUGCGGAUGCCCCAAGAGGUAUUGCGAGACGCAGCCCAAUCAUCUGACGAGGAAGUCCCUUGUCCCGACACUCUUGUCUUGAACAACGUCGUCUACUUCGGUUCCAAGGAGAACGUGCCGUACCCUUGGAGAUCCAUUCACAACCUGUCUCUUUUCGAUGUUGCAUCAUUAACCCUGUCUUGCGACGUCACAGUCUGGGACAUUGUUGUGCUGAGUGAAAGGGGCAAAGUGACCAAUCGCUCCUCCAGGCCGUUGGACUUGAUACUUGGAUCUAUCGAUGCGCAAGGCACUGGGGUACUCACCGCCGGGGUCGCACAUAUAACCCGAAUUGGCGCUCUCAGCUGGGACACUGUGGGAUCGUCCGUAGAUUUAUCCUCCCUAUUCAAGUAUGGAAUCGUGCCGAAGCAGGGCCUCCGCCGUUUGUUGAUGAACGUCUCGUGCAUCCCGAGCGCACAAUUUGAGGAGUGGCUAGUUUACAUCGACUUAUCCGCGCUUCUUACCAUCAAUAUCAUCUACGCAGAAGCGCAGAGCGACACAGUACGCAAGGUCGUGGAGCAUCUGCCUUUGAGCUUGACGACGAACGUUGUUGCCUACGGCGAGAGCACUUUCUCCCUGCAAGGUGUAUGCAGUAUGUAG